GCAGCACUGUUUAAAAAUCAAACGGGCGAACUGAUCAGCCCCCCCAGCCGUAAAUAAAAGAAAAACAUAUUUUGACAGUCCAUAGCUGCUGAAACACGUAGAGAACAUUUGUACAUUGAAAGGAGCCGUAAAAUGGACAGACAGCUCAGGCACCGCGCGUCGUGACUUCACAGGGGAGCUCCAAUUCAGCGCUCCGUCUCGAUUUCCGCUACGAUUCAUCCCCCGAUCCUCCAAAUGCAUUCAUCAUGAUCCACCUGCUUCUCUUCCGCUUCCCACACCAGAAAGCAGUGAUGGGGAGGACCACCACGUAGAGACCGAGAGGCAACAAAGGCAAAAGCAGAAGAGCAGUAAUGGGAAGCCACACAUGGAGCGGGUCUGGACUGCAGCCGUGGUGAGCCUGAGAGCUACAGGACCUGAGACCAUCAUCAUUGCCCUCCUCAGGACCUAACCACUUGGGCUGUCCAGCACCUGGAUGCUCCCCAUUUGUGAUUUGCCACCCCCUUUUCCUUCCCCUGUACCGUUGCUCUCUUUCCUGGACUUUAGUUUUCUUUUUUUUUAGUGUCAUUUUUCGUCUGUUAAAAUUUGUUUAACCUGAAACAGAGGCGUCUUAUCCUUGGAUUUUUUUUUUCUUUUUGUAAUAAUCUUUAUCCCCAAGAAUUACUUGCAUUUUCUUCUUUUUUUUAGUCAUCAUUGCCUGCUUGAAAUUAUUUUUAGAUUUUUUUAAUCAGACUGAGCUCUGUUGUGCAAUUUUUCUUCAAUAAGCAAUAACAAACACUAAUCCAACUGACUUGAAAGCUGACACCAUGGGGGACAUGUCCAAUAGCGAUUUUUAUGCCAAGAACCAAAGAAAUGAGGGCAACCAUGCGGCUGGCUUUGGUUGCUCUGUUAUGGAGCUGCGAUCGUUGAUGGAGCUUCGUGGCACAGAGGCAGUGGUCAAGCUCCAAGAGGACUAUGGGGCAGUGGAGGGACUGUGCAAGCGAUUGAAAACCUCACCCACUGAAGGUCUUGCAGGUGUUCAAACGGACCUGGACAAAAGAAAAGAAAUAUUUGGUAAAAACCUGAUACCUCCAAAAAAGCCAAAAACAUUUCUACAGCUGGUAUGGGAAGCACUGCAGGAUGUCACCCUCAUCAUCCUGGAGAUCGCUGCUCUAAUCUCCCUGGGCCUCUCCUUCUACCACCCCCCUGGGCAGACCAGUGGAGAUGCAUGCGGUGCAGCAGCCGGUGGAGUGGAGGAUGAGGGUGAGGCAGACGCAGGCUGGAUCGAGGGCGCUGCCAUCCUCUUAUCCGUAGUGUGUGUGGUUCUGGUGACGGCCUUCAACGACUGGUCGAAGGAGAAGCAGUUCCGUGGACUGCAGAGCCGCAUCGAGCAGGAGCAGAAGUUUCAGGUGGUCCGUGGAAGCCAGGUCAUACAGCUGCCUGUUGCCGACAUUGUAGUUGGGGACAUUGCGCAGAUUAAAUAUGGUGAUCUGCUUCCUACUGAUGGAGUGUUGAUCCAGGGCAAUGACUUAAAAAUUGAUGAGUCAUCGCUGACUGGAGAAUCCGAUCACGUCAAGAAGUCCGCAGACAAGGACCCCAUGUUGUUAUCUGGGACCCAUGUUAUGGAGGGGUCAGGACGUAUGGUGGUGACUGCAGUUGGUGUCAACUCGCAGACUGGAAUCAUCUUUACCCUCCUUGGGGCUGGUGUUGAGGAAGAGGAGAAGAAAGAGAAGAAAGGAGAGGCAGUGGAAGAUGGACAUCAGAACACAGACUGCUCCCAUCCCCCAAACCACCCCAUUGCAACUAUAGCCACGGAUGGGGCUGCAGGCAUUAAUGCCCCUGGCACUGCCAGCCUAAUUAAUGGUAAAAUGCAAGAUGGCAAUAUGGAGAGCAACCAGAUUAAAGUGAAGAAGCCGGAUGGAGCAGCUGCCAUGGAAAUGCAACCUCUGAAGAGUGCUGAAGGCGGGGAGGCCGACGAGAAGGAGCGGAAAAAGGUGUCAGCUCCAAAGAAAGAGAAGUCUGUGCUCCAGGGGAAGCUGACCAAACUAGCUGUCCAGAUCGGCAAAGCAGGUUUGCUCAUGUCAGCCAUUACUGUAAUCAUCUUGGUCCUGUAUUUUGCCAUCAACAACUUUGUGAUGGAGAAGCGUCCUUGGAUGACAGAGUGUACUCCCAUCUACAUCCAGUACUUUGUGAAGUUUUUCAUCAUCGGUGUGACUGUGUUGGUGGUGGCUGUGCCAGAGGGUCUCCCACUGGCUGUGACCAUAUCCUUAGCUUACUCAGUCAAGAAAAUGAUGAAAGACAACAACCUUGUGCGUCACCUGGAUGCUUGUGAAACAAUGGGCAAUGCAACCGCCAUCUGCUCCGACAAGACAGGCACGCUAACCACCAACCGCAUGACAGCCGUGCAGUGUUAUGUAGGAGAUGUGCACUACAAAGAAAUUCCAGACCCUGGUGUAAUCCCACCCAAAUCCCUGGAUUUGCUGAUCAAUGCCAUUUCUAUCAACAGCGCCUACACCACAAAGAUACUGCCCCCAGAUAAGGAAGGUGGUCUACCCAAGCAAGUUGGAAACAAGACUGAGUGCGGACUCUUGGGAUUGGUCCUGGACCUGAAACGGGACUACCAGCCAAUAAGAAACCAGAUCCCAGAGGAGAAGCUUUAUAAAGUCUACACCUUCAACUCUGUCAGAAAAUCGAUGAGCACUGUAAUCAAACUUCCUGAAGGGAGCUUCCGAAUGUACAGCAAGGGAGCCUCUGAAAUUGUUCUCAAGAAAUGCAGUCACAUUCUGAAUGAAGUUGGUGAGCCCAGAGUUUUCCGGCCUAGAGACAAGGAUGAGAUGGUGAAGAAGGUGAUUGAGCCCAUGGCCUGUGACGGCCUGAGGACCAUCUGUGUGGCGUACCGUGACUUUGCCAGUGAUCCUGAGCCCAAAUGGGAUGAUGAGAACAACAUCCUCACUGACCUUACAGCCAUCUGCGUUGUGGGAAUAGAGGAUCCUGUCAGACCAGAGGUUCCCGAUGCUAUUCAGAAGUGUCAGCGUGCAGGCAUCACUGUACGCAUGGUGACAGGUGACAACAUAAACACGGCCAGAGCCAUAGCCAUCAAGUGUGGGAUCAUCCAUCCAGGAGAGGAUUUCCUCUGCAUUGACGGCAAAGAGUUCAACCGGAGGAUCCGUAAUGAGAAAGGCGAGGUGGAGCAGGAGCGUAUUGACAAGGUGUGGCCUAAACUCCGGGUCCUGGCCAGAUCAUCCCCAACAGAUAAACACACACUUGUCAAAGGAAUUAUUGACAGCACUAUGGCAGAUCAGAGGCAGGUGGUUGCUGUAACAGGAGAUGGCACCAACGACGGACCUGCCUUAAAGAAAGCUGAUGUCGGGUUUGCAAUGGGUAUCGCUGGAACAGACGUGGCUAAAGAAGCUUCAGACAUUAUUCUUACUGAUGAUAACUUCAGCAGCAUCGUCAAGGCAGUGAUGUGGGGCCGGAAUGUGUAUGACAGCAUUUCCAAGUUUCUUCAGUUCCAGCUUACUGUCAAUGUCGUGGCCGUCAUCGUUGCUUUCACUGGAGCCUGCAUCACACAGGACUCUCCACUUAAAGCGGUGCAGAUGUUGUGGGUUAACCUGAUUAUGGAUACUUUUGCGUCUCUGGCCUUGGCGACGGAGCCCCCCACAGAGGCCCUGUUGAGGAGAAAACCGUAUGGUCGCAAUAAGCCUCUUAUCUCCAGCACUAUGACCAAGAACAUCCUGGGACAUGCCGUCUAUCAGCUCAUUCUCAUCUUCACGCUCCUGUUUGCUGGUGAGAAAAUCUUUGACAUCGACAGUGGCCGUAACGCUCCUCUCCAUUCUCCGCCGUCCGAGCACUACACCAUCAUAUUCAACACAUUUGUAAUGAUGCAGCUGUUUAAUGAGAUAAAUGCUCGGAAAAUACACGGAGAGAGGAACGUGUUUGACGGGAUCUUCAGAAACCCAAUUUUCUGCUCCAUCGUUUUUGGCACCUUUGCUAUACAGAUUGUGAUUGUGCAGUUUGGAGGAAAGCCAUUCAGCUGUCAACCUCUGAGCCUGGAAAAGUGGUUGUGGUGUGUUUUUCUGGGGCUGGGAGAACUGGUCUGGGGACAGGUGAUUGCCACCAUACCCAACAGCCACCUGCGUUUCCUGCGUCGGGCGGGCCAGUUGACUCACAAAGAUGAGCUGCCAGAGGAAGACGUAAACGAAGAGAACGAGGAGAUUGACCACGCAGAGAGGGAGUUACGGAGAGGUCAAAUACUUUGGUUCAGAGGUUUAAACCGCAUCCAGACUCAGAUUCGAGUUGUGAAUGCAUUCCGUAGCUCCCUCUAUGAAGGCCUGGAAAAACCCGACUCCAGAUCAUCCAUACACAACUUCAUGACACACCCCGAGUUUAGGAUAGACGACUCCACGCCCAGCAUCCCCCUCAUCGACGACACAGAUGAUGAUUCGGCCCGCAGGAGGACGAAGUACUCCAGCCAGCCUUCAUCUCCUAACAAGAACAACAACGCCAUUGACAGUGGCAUCAAYCUUACCAUCGACAUCAGUAAAUCUGCCGCCUCCUCCAGCCCCGCCAGCCCUCUCCACAGCCUGGAGACCAGCCUCUAACCCCCGUCCCGAACGCCGCUCUGACCACUCAUGUUAUUCCCUCAUGGUCCCAGAGCGCCUCGUCCGGCUCUCCCGGACCGUUAUUUGUUACUUCUACCACUACUUGACACAUGGCCACUCAGUCCUCGCCUUUCCCCUCCACCCAGCGCUCCGUGUUUCACCACCAACACAGAUGUGGUCCAUCUCCCCCCUUGUAAGCUAAAGCCAAUAAUGCUCUCGCCUCCGUUCAACAUCGGGCGAAUCUUUGUGAAAUGACAAGAGUAAAAAAAAAAACACAAUCCAAAAAUCUCCGCAAAGCUACACGACCUACACAGCCAUCCUGCUUUUGUGGUUGCAUGUGUAUGGUGGCAGCCUUGAUGGUGUGUAUGACACUAUGCUUGUACCGGUUAGCAUGUACUGUAUAAACGUGCAGCUGACUGCACGUUGCGUAUGAACUGUGUCCGCAGCGACACCUGGAGGAGGACGAGGAGGAGGGAGACUGCCGAGGAGUGCAGAGUGCAAACAGACUUUAUGCUCUCCUUAAGCUCCUUCUCUUCAAUAAUAACAUUGUUAACAAAGAUACAGUAAUAGUUUAAAUUAAAUUAAAAACCGUUGUUAUUAUUCUGAGUCUGAUUAUUCUUGUUAUUAUUCUUAUUGAUCCUGCAUGAAUGUACAUUACCCAAGUUUUAUUUAAAAAGGGUUUUAAUUUUAUUGGAGUUGUUUUGGUUCUGAUGGGCUGAGCAUCGCAGCGGACUACACAUGUAAAGAAAGCUUCUCUGAGUCCUCCCUCCCUCCUCUGUGUGGCAUGAACAUGUACCGGACUCUUAACAUUUUUUCUAAAAAAAAAAAAGACAUAAUCCAUAAGCAGAAAUGUGUAUCGAGGUGGUAGGGCUGAACUUGCACAGUAGUUUUGCACCUGAUGAAAAAGAGAAAUGCAAAAUAUCAAUAAUAAUAAUGAUGAUGAUAGCAUUUAUGGGAUAUAUUCUAUACAUAUAAAUUCAUCAAAUCUAUUUAGAGAGAGUUUAUCUUUGUUUGUUGGCAUGUUGCCUUGUUUCCGCUUCAAUGGCUUAAAUUACUUUGACUUAUUUAUGUCUUAAACAGAAUGUAAUUGUUUACAACCUCGUAGAGAUGAAUUUCCUGGUUUCUUAGAGGAGGUGAGCUCAGAAUUUUGUUGCUGUGUUAUUACGGGAAAAACCAUGUGCUGAAACUUGCCUGCUAUAUUGUCAAAUAAUGUAGAUAUUUUUAGAGGAUAAACAACGAGAAGAAACCAAAAUAUAAUGGGAUGCAUAGUACAGUACAUGUGGAAUCUUAGUAUUACUCUUUAUGAUUGUUGGGAUCAAAUAAGAGCGGCUUGCCUUUGGUUUUUCCUAACGAAGGCCUCCUUUUUAUGACAGAGGAGGACAUUUGAUUUGAUUAGACUUUUUUUUAAUUAUUAUUAUUAUGGUUUAUUUUUGCUUUGCUUUAACGCUGACCUGGAGUCAGUGCUUAUGUAAAAGGUUGAUAUCAGGACCUUUUUAUUUAACUGUCGUCUAGGUAAGCCUGCUUGUUCAAAGGACUUGAUGUUUUAAAGAUGUAUGUGACCAUCAAAAGGCUGCAAUCCAGUCACUUUUAGAAAUUUGUUUCAAACUUGCAAUAUAUUGUGCUGAUAUUUUCUAAUUUAUUUUUGAUUUUUUUUUUUUUUUUAGUUUCUUUUCAUCCAGACACAAGCAGCCCCUAAAUGCUGUUGGCAUUUUUAACAUCUAAAGAAAAAGGAAAAGCUGACAAAAAAAAAA